CCGCAUCAAUCGACCCUGCCCACCCAAAGCCAACCACCAAAGCCGCAACACACUUUUCUCUCUACAAACCACAUUAGAGCCACCACCACCACCCUCUACCACCACCUCCGCCGCCACUACCUCCGACACCCUCACAUCCACCAUUAACCCUCAACCCACGACGCACCACCCACGACCCCGCUUCCCCGCCACAACACAUCACACCACAGUUCACGCAACAUGGCUACUCCCGCCGCCGCUGCCGAAACCGAGGCGUUCGAAAUCAGAGAUGAGCAGCGUCCUCUCACGGAGAUCCCGAUUUCGCCGCCGAACGGAGAGGCCGACGAGGCUGCCGACGGAUUGAAGCCCACUGAGCAGCUGACCGUCUUCCACUCCGCCGACAACUUCAACGUUAAGCACCCGUUGAUGAACAAGUGGACCCUGUGGUUCACUAAGCCGCCGUCUGGAAAGGGUGGUAACGACUGGAGCGAGCUGCUGAAGGAGGUCGUUACUUUCGACUCUGUUGAGGAGUUCUGGGGCAUCUACAACAACAUCCAAAAAACAUCCGAGCUCGCGCUGAAGUCCGACUACCACCUGUUCAAGCAGGGCGUCCGACCGGAGUGGGAAGACGAGCAGAACAUGAACGGAGGCAAGUGGGCGUACCAGUUCAAAGACAAGCGCGCGGUGGCCAUCGACGACCUCUGGCUCCACGUGAUGCUCGCCGCGAUCGGUGAGACCCUCGAGGCCGACGAUGUCAAGGAGGUCAUGGGCGUCGUCGUCAAUGUCCGCAGGGGCUUCUUCCGCAUCGGCGUCUGGACUAGGACUACGGGCGUCAAGGGCGGAAACAAGGACUCGCUCAAGGAGAUCGGAAAGAGGUUCAAGGAGGUGCUCAAGUUGGCCGAGGCUGAGAAGGUCGAAUUCUCGGGACACACCGAUGCGGCGCAAUCAGGAUCCACGAGGGCCAAGCCGAAGUUUACGGUUUAGGGAGGGAAUGUAGGGGACGCCGGUGCUGCGGGUUGGGAUACUCGAAGGGUAUCUUAGCCUUCUCCGGGAGUCUGUAUCUGCAAUUGCUGUUCCUUAUUUUCUUCUAGUCUUGUUUCCUAACUUUGUGUGGCCGCUCUUGCUUCCCUUUACCCUGAUCCUGCCGUGUUUCUUCCCGUUCCAGUUCCUGGUGUUCUGAUCUCGUGCUUGUAUUUCUUGUUCUUGUUGUUCUUUUUCCUUUUUUUUCCUUUUUUCAUUUCCAUUUCCAUUCGACGAUGACGAUAGACCGAAGCCGGGGGG